UGUGCUUGACAUCUGCCAAAGCACAAGUCCUAAAAUAGUUCCAACCUCUUCCUGUGAAAGAGCGAGCGAGCGUCGAGCAUUUGUUGGCUUUGAAAAAACUUCUUUCUCAAUGGACGCAACGGAAUUAUGGAGGCUUCGACGCAGGAUUCGGUCCAAACAAAGGGGCUGAUACCAAAGCAUGUCUACUUGGAUUUCAUGAAGAGUCACUGCUGCUACGAUGCCAUUCCAAUGAGUUGUAAAUUGAUCAUUUUCGAUACCAAGCUACAAGUGCAAAAGGCCUUUUUUGCACUGGUGGCAAACAACUUGAGGGCGGCUCCUUUAUGGGACAGCAAGUUGAAAAGAUUUGUGGGUAUGCUGACUAUUACAGAUUUCAUCAACAUCAUUCAUUGCUACUACAAAUCCCCUUUGGUGCAGAUGUAUGAGCUGGAAAACCACAAGAUUGAGACCUGGAGAGAUGUCUAUUUAAAGUCCUCCUAUCCAUUUAUGAUUAGUGUUUCACCAGAUGCCAGUCUCUUUGAUGCCAUCUAUUCCUUACUCAAACACAAGAUCCACAGGCUGCCCGUCAUCGAGCCAACAUCCGGCAAUGUUCUGCACAUUCUUACGCACAAGAGGAUACUGAAAUUCCUCCAUAUAUUUGUGAGUAUUUCAUCUUUAGUAUUGACCUCGUGUGAUUUAAUUGAGCUUUGUUUCCAGGGAGAUAAGGUUCCAAAGCCCGCGUUCGUUCAGAAGCAGGUCCAGGAGAUUGGAAUCGGAACUUUCAGGAACAUUGCCACUGUUCAGCAAACAGCAACACUUUACGACGCUCUCGACAUAUUUGUGGAAAGGAGGGUGUCGGCUCUUCCGGUGGUAGAUGAAAACGGCAAAGUGGUGGCACUCUACUCCCGAUUUGAUGUUAUUAACCUGGCAGCCCAGAAGACGUACAACAAUCUGGACGUGACAAUGCUGGAAGCUGUCAAUAGGCGCACGUGUUUCGUGGAGGGUGUUAUCAAAUGCUAUCCAGAUGAAACCUUGGAGACCAUCAUAGACCGCAUUGUCACAGCUGAGGUGGGUCCACCGCCUGGUGCUCGUGGACAGAGCUGAUGUGGUGAGGGGCAUCAUCUCACUAUCCGACCUGCUUCAGGCUAUGGUCUUAACACCGGCGGGUAUCGAGGCCCUUUUAUCCUAGCAGCAUAUUGUUUGUGGAGGAUGCCACCUUCUUCCCAGGCAGGUCGGGCCAUCCUCCCAAACUAGUGCCGAGGACAGUCCUAUCGAGUUGAAGCCUCAGGCAUACAAAAUGUGUCUGGAUUUUCUUCUGAACAUUUGAUGUCUUUCAGAAAUCACAGUGUGAAUGAGAUGACGAAUGCGGCUGCUGUGCAGUUGUUUCAAAACAGCUUGUCUUCUUUUGACUACAUCUAAUUAGUUUGAUCAGUAUGUGUUGCUCAUUUUCUAUAUUGAACACAUUGUUGAGAUGCUUGUAAUAAAUAUUAUUAUUAAUUAAAAAAAGAUAUAUUAUUAUAAUAUUAUUAAUAUUUUUUCCGUUUGAUGGGCAUGAGAAUAAUUAAGAAAAAAUUAGAUUCAUUGAUGUUUUUUUAUGUCAAAAUUUACAGAAUGAGUUCUUGCACUAUGUUGGUUUUUUGUUCAACAGUUUUGUGCUGUCCUUUUAUUUGAAUGCAAAAAGGAUAGCAGAUCUUUUAUAAGUUCAUUGAAAAAUGAAAAAAAAGGAAAUAUAUUAAUAAUAUUUUGUUACUUCUAGUUCGGGAGUGAAUGUCACCAACAUCAAAUCAGUUAAUUCAUCCCAAAAUAUAUUGGUCCAUAGGAUUGGUCUUGUUCAGAUAGUAAACAAGGAAUCACGUGACCUUUUACUCUAAAUUACGCGUGCGCAUGACGAGUCCUGUCUGCCAGGAUUUCACCGGAAGUUUUUAUUUUAUUUGAAACGGCUGUAAUGUUUUUUCUUACACGAUUUGAUUGAAGUUGUUUGAUUGUCUCGACUUUAUUGCUGAGAGCUGAUUCGCCUUUUAUUGUUCAGAUUAAAAUUGACCCGUUUAGAAAAUCCCUAAAAUAAUUACAUUAAAUAUUAUUUGUUGGCCUA